UUUUCUCUUCGACUCUGCCGUCCAGUUUGUUCAUUUGCGGCAUCCGUACAUCCAGUAUCCGACGUAAAACUUUCAAAAUAGCUUUUGAAUGUUCGGCGCGAAUUUCACUGCAAGAACUCGUGUCGUUCACAGGCACCAACACAAUAACAGAGAAUGGAGCGGCCUUCCCAAAAUAGAGAUGAUCCUUCGUUUAAGACCCCGAUACGUGUCCGGACCAAAAGCUCUGUGUCCGGCAGCCCGAUCUCCAUCCCCACCUCGCCGUUCAUGAAGAAGCUUGGCGUCGGGACUGGCGUCAACGUCUACCUCAUGAACAGGGUAACGUUAGGCAAGUUGAAUGCUUCACCGUGGGCAGUGAAGAAAAUAAACACCAAAUGCGCUGGCAAGCAGUUGAAUGUUUACCAGGAUCGACUUAACGAGGAGGCAAAGAUCCUGAAAGGCAUCCAUCAUCCAAACAUAGUUGGCUUCCGUGCUUUCACCACAGCCAAGGACGGGACCAAUUGCCUGGCCAUGGAGUACGGAGGCGAGCAGUCACUCAACGACCUGAUUGAGAAGAGGAAGGCGGAGGGCCUGCAGGCCUUCCCUGCUGCCACCAUAGAGCAGGUGGCACUGCACCUGGCUCGAGGCCUGCAGUACCUCCACAAUGAGAAGAAGAUGCUCCACGGGGACAUGAAGUCCUGCAACGUGGUGAUCCGGGGCGACUUUGAGACGAUUAAGAUCUGCGAUGUGGGCGUGUCACUCCGGCUGGACGAGACCAUGAAAGUGGCUGACCCAAAGGCACAGUACAUCGGCACAGAGCCCUGGAACCCGAAGGAGGCCAUGGAGGAAGAAGGGGAGAUCACAGACAAGGCAGACAUCUUUGCCUACGGCCUGACCCUGUGGGAGAUGAUGACCCUGGCCAUGCCCCACGUGGACAUGCUGGAUGUAGAUGUGGAUGAUGAGGAGGAGGAGGAUACAGGGGACGACGGCGAGUCUGAGGAGGAAAGCUUCGACGUGGACUCCUACUACGAGCGGCUGGGCACGCGGCCGGGGCUGGACGUGGACGUCCUGGGGACCGCCUACCGCCGCAUGGUGGAGCUCUUCUGCCUGUGCACGGAGCAGGACCCCACGCACCGCCCGUCAGCCGCCCAGAUCGUCCAGGCCCUCGAGAUCAACAGCGAGUCCCUCGACCUGGAUGGAUGAUGCUAGGACAGAUGGGUUGGGGUCUUUUGGUUUAUCUUAGGCUGGUAGUCACCAUCAGAUUUUCCUUGUUUAUUUACAUUUCCCUCUAGAUUCUUUCUCACCUGGCAACACUAUGUUCAAAACCCAUGAGUCAGGGGAAAGAGUCGAAAUGCAAGCUUUAUCAGAGGUGGCGAAAAAUGAUUGCAAUAUGUUGUUUUCAUUGACUGUUAUAAGUGUCUGUCCAUUAUACUGUCCCCUUUCUGUGCAUGUUUUUCUACAUGUUCCUACAUACUUUUUCCAAUUAUCUUUCACCGAGAUCUCACAGUAAGACGUAUGCACUGUAAUAAGGUGAAUUUUAAUUUAAAAGAAA